UAAGAUUAAUGAAUUUAUAUAAACGUGAAUAAAAUUUUUUGUUGUGAAGUUGUUAAUUUCAAUAAACAAUGGAAGCAAACGAUGAAUUAUCUCAACUGGAGGAGCUUUUACGAGCUGACCUCAAUGGUUCCGAUGAGAAAUGUAAUAAAAUAGUCGAAGUGGAUAUAUUUAAGACUAAUAACAUCCAAGACAAAGAACAAAAUGUAGCAAAAAUUACAAGCUCUUCAGUAGUUCACAAUGGUGAUACAGAUUCUUCAGAAGACGAAGAAAAGAGAAACUAUUCUGAGCGAAAGUACAAUGAUUAUGGUAUGUCGAUUAAAAAAAAUUUAGACUCUAAGGAAAAUGAAUUAUUAGAACGCAGAAUAGAAUUUGAAACUCGUCUAAGACAAGCAAAUAAUGAGGCCAAAACUGCUCGCAAGCCAAACCCAAACCCUGCCACAAGCAACCAAGAAAAGAGUGCAAAAGCAAAAAACAUGUUAUGCGUUCCUCAAGCAUCAAGUAAACAAGCUACAGAUAUAUACACAGAUCCUAUUUUUGGGAUCCGUAUUGCUAAGCCUCUUGUUUCUAGCUCAGUCCUGUUAGAUCGCAUGCAAGGCCGCGAAGCAGUUAAUAUGCUUCGUAUGAAAAGGUAUGUGGAAAAUGAAGACAUGUCUAAAGACUGGGUGGUCGGAGGUGUGAUAGUAAGAAAAAGUGCUGCAAAAAAGUCACAAAAAGGCAAUCAAUUCUUAAUAUGGACACUGAGCGACUUGAAAGAUGAUUUAAAAACUGUUUCAAUGUUUUUAUUUAGAAAAGCCUAUAACGAUCUAUGGAAGACACCGGAAGGUACAGUUGUGGCUGUUUUAAAUCCCAAUGUACUUGAUAAAUCACAAAACAGUUCCGACCAGGCAUGUUUGAGUGUCGAAACAUCUGACAGAGUAAUGGUAUUGGGUCAGUCAAAAGAUUUAGGUUUUUGCAAAAGUAAAAAAAAGAAUGGUGAACCAUGCACUUCAUUUGUCAAUUUAAAUCAAUGUGAACAUUGCAUAUAUCACAUUAAACAGGAGUAUCAGAAAUAUUCUCAAAGGCAGGAACUGCAAUCAUCGACAAUGGGUAAAGGCCUCCCUACUUUACAAAAUAAAGUAUUUGGCAAGAGUACAUUCAUAUAUGGAGGAAAAUCUUAUUCAGCUUUGCCAAAGAGUAAUCAAAAAGUCAUCAAGGAUAGAGACCAAAACAGGCUAAUGUCGCUUAGUGACUAUCAUGAAUCUGAAUCACAAUCUUUAAUGAUUAAUAAGGCUCCGUGUAGUGUUGGGCAAUUGAAAAACAAUAACACAAUAUUGCAUAGUCCCACUGUUAGCAAAGUAAGUGAUACUCAAAGAUUAAACUCCUUAAAUUCUUCAAAAUGCAGUCCAACAACAAGUCUGGCCGAUAAAGUUAAAAACUCUCCCAAACUAGGAUUUGGUUUAAGGAAAAAUGAUACUGUGGAUCUCAGUUUAUCAUAUGGACAAAAAGCUGCUGAAAGAGCCAAACAAAAUGCUAUUAGACUGAUCCAGAAAAGUGGUGGCUUAUCGAAACUGGACCCCAUGAGCACAAAAGGUACAGAAGUUGGCAAAAAAAGAGCUCUGGACAAAAUUAUUUCGGAGAACGAAAAUAGUGACUGUAAAAGGAUCAAAUCGGACGAAAAUUUAAAAAACACUAAAGGAGUUAUGUCAGAGAGGUUUAAAAAGAUAUUGGAAGCCACAUCUGCUCAUACAAAUCUCAUAAAGCAACAUGAAGAUGAUGAGCAAGAAAAAUACUUCAAUAAACUCGAAAAGAAAGAAGCCAUGGAGGAGAAAAUGCUGAACACAUUUAAGUUAGCUUGUAAAGCUGUACGGUGUACAAAGUGCAAAUACACAGCUUUCUCAGCCGCCCAAAGAUGCAAGGAUGAGAGGCAUCCCCUGAAGGUCCUAGAUACAUUCAAAAGGUUCUUCAAAUGUGCCGACUGUAAAAAUAGGACUGUUUCAUUGGAACUCCUUCCUUUACAUUCCUGCAGUAAUUGUAAUGGAUCAAGAUGGGAAAAAGCUCCCAUGCUGAGGGAGAAAAAAGUAACAUCUUUAUGUGAUGGUUUGUCUAUAAGAGGAGCGGAGGAAACAUUUAUAGGUGGGACUGUGACUGCAGGAAAGAAUAUCAAUCUUUUAGUUCCAGAUGAUUCUUAAGAUAUUUUCAGUGUGUAAAUUUUUAACUGUAUGACUAAUUUAAAAGCUAAUUUUUAAUUAUUUUAUAUACAAUGUUUUAAGAAAUGACUGAAAUAAGUUAUACUCAAUCCCUCUUACUAAAUAUAUUUCUCAAAACAAAUUAACAUUAAUGUUUUUAUCUGGCUCAUUGGAAGUCACAUGCCAGAUGAAGACAGCGGACAUUAAAAGAAGCUGCGUAAAUAUUUUUAUUAUUAAGAGGGAAUAAGUAUGUUUACAGAUUUGCAUGCACAGUAUUGGGUUUCAAUUUUAAAAUAAAAGACAAUAUAAAAAUAAG